GAGACCGACGAAUACUUAGUGAAUUAUUUAUAUAUCGUCACAACCGCAAUCUGUAUUUUUUAUUUAGAUAGAAAAGAAAACCAACGCUUUCCRCAUCAUCUUCUGUUUCUUCGCUAUUUCUCCUUCCGUUGCCGUUUUUUGGUAAAAUUCGAGUGAAUAAUGCAUAUGGCUUGAGGGUAACAACGGCGUUUUACGAGGGAAUAUCKUCUGUAGAGAGAUCUAAUAUGAGUACCGUACAUCGCUGUAUUCUUCUACUGGUAGUCGCUUCCAUAACACAAGGUAAAUCACCACUACAGUGCUACAUGUGUAAUAAUGAUGUUUCUUUCGAAGAAUGUACCUACUAUCAAUCAAAUGGGACCUGCAAGCCAAACGAGGACCGGUGCAUGAAGGCCAUGUGGGACAUUGGCAAGAUAGGAUCCAUAUCUACCGGGUACAUAAAAGGGUGUACUACUAAAGACCUUUGUAAAAAAGAAGCUCAUUCGAUGUGUAACAGYACCGAUGGCUAUGCCAUGUGCGAAGUGUACUGCUGUGAAGGAGACCUCUGUAAUAGUUCUGGAAAGCACUCGCCGUCUAUUUUUGUGGUUACGAUAUUGGUUCUAAUGUCUAUUGGAUUUCAAUUCAAAUAGUUGAGAAAAAAAAUCAGCAAUGCGGCAAUGAAAUCGAAAUAGAACAUUCAAUCAUCCGAGCGCCAGUUAUAACUAAAAUAUUCAAGAUAUUGACCCAAACUACAAGCACGAUGAAACUUUUUACCAAAAUUAGCAAAUACUCGAUGAUAUCGAACAAAAGAUCAAAAAUAAUGAGCUCAGUUAAACUGAUAACAGGGAAUAAUGAAUGCUUUACAAUUCACAUCAAGAUAGCUGUCAUACACUAUCCAACAAGGAGCACGAUCUUUUGUUCCAUAAUGCUACAUGGCGUUGCCGUUAAAGAGGCUUUAGAAACUUCUCAUUAAACCCUUAGAUCAUUUGACGUUCGACUUCGAUCAAGAAUUCUUUGGAUACGAGUGUGAAUACUUUGUGUAUCCUCUGUAAACAGGACAGUCCGGUUUCACCCAUUUUAUUGACCUAUUCGAUWUGAUACCGGCCAUGAAUGAUUACAAUGUUUCGUUAUUUGUAUAUUAUAUGUAAAUAGUUUAUAUUAUCAAUAUGUUUAUCUUUUGAUGACUGAUUGGUAUUAAUAAUCAAUUAUGGUAAUGAUGAUGAUGAUSAUCAUGCCCAUAAUGACACUAUGUCUUCUAGUAAUGCGGAUGAUGGUGGUAGUGAUGAUGAUGAUAUGUCAAGUGAUGAUAAUGAUGCCACUGCAGUUAAUUUGUACAUCCUGUCAAUCAACUUUUGAUUGAAUAUCAAUCAUAAUGAGAUAUUCUGAUUAUCUUUCGUUCUAUGGCAGUUUGUAAGAUACGUUGAAAUGUUGUUGUACUAGCAAGUAUACGCGCCAAGCAUACCAGCUAAGUGUACUUCAGUAAUACCGYAAUAAUGUGMUUUUCCCUUGUAACAAUAUUAACCAUAAAGAAAAACAGCUUUUAGCCAGUAAAACUGUCAAUUAUUAGCCAAUAUCUAUGUGCCAUUCCAGUGGCAAAAACAAAUUGCUGACAUCUGACAGGGAUCUAUGCAAUUUGACUGUAMUUCAGAAAAAAUAAAACAGCGAAAAACUGUUCAA